AUGGAUCAAGAGCGUGCAAUGAUGAUUAAUUUGUCUUAUCAAAAAUUAAUAAUGCCAACAUUCAGCGUUCGGCAACGACGCACUGAAAAUCCAUUACGAGAACGGUUACUCGUUCGAAAAUUUAUCACACAAUUAGAAACUUAUUAUUUCUAUCAACAACAAGCACAAUGGCAAUAUUAUAAAGAACAAGAGACAAUGACAUUAAACAAUAGUCAAAGUAAUCAACAAGAUGAACAAAUGAGUCAGAUGGAUGUCGAUCGAGAGAUUGAUGAACAAAACGAAAGUGAAGAUGAAACAUCAAGUGUAAUAGAUACAUCCGUUAGUGACGAUGAAGGUGAUUCAGUUUGUUCUAUUGUUAUGUCAGCAACUGAUGAUAAUAACAAUUCAGUUUCACUUGAUGAUACAUCUGAUCUGAUGAAAAAUUAUGCACUGAUGCUUGAAGUACCAACAACAUUAACACCAUCGAAUGGUCAACUAUAG